AUGGAUGACACCACUGUGUAUGCCGACGACUUUUUGUUUCACUGGUUGGUGAACAACAAGUCACAGCUGGAGCAAGCCUUUCGCAACAUAGCCUUUGUCCUGGAGACCCUCAAACACUUCGGCAUGUGCCCUAGUCCCACGAAGUCGGCUGUACUGAUCGGAGUUCGUGGUGCUCAGACUGGUAGCGUCUUGAAACAAUAUGUAGUUAAGCACCCCACGCGUGGACGCCUACUCCAGCUCACGACGGACCAUGGCAACAUAGACCUGCCGGUAGUGAAACAACAUCCCUACCUAGGAGCAGUCCUUAGCUACAGUUCGUUUGAGCAGCUUACACUAAAGGAGCGCAUGAGACAGUCAUGGUCCGCUUUCAACCGCCUGCUGCCGGCGCUGAGAUCCUCGGGCGUCAGCCUAUCACAUCGCACACUAAUCUGGCGCACCUGCGUUUUCACCACACUUGUUCAUGGACUUGACAGUGUGGGCUUUGCGUCAGAUGGCGCGCUUAAGCUGCAUAAACACGUUGUGCGCCAGCUUCGCAUUCUCAGCAAAGCCCCCUCCUACAUCACCCGGGAGCGGCCAGAGGAUCUGCUGGCCAGAUUGCGGAUCGAGGAUCCCCUUCAAAGGCUGCAACAUGUGGUCCAGCAACGACUCCAUACCUGUGAACAUAAUGGUAUGUCUCAGCUUCAGCCAGAAUUUGUGCAUAAAUGGUGGAAGCAUCUCCACAGCAGCUUUCAAGCCCUCAAGCUGGAUGCCACAUAUCAGGAGCCAACCGGCUCUCUUCAUGCACCGACGCGCCUAGUGGCUGUGUCAGCCCGAGUGGUCCCACAGGCAUGCCCUGACUGUGGAUGCUACUUCCCGAAUACUCGCACUCUACGCAUACACAGAGCCCAGAAGCAUCCCACUAUCGUAGCUGCCCAACGCAAAGCCAAACGUUCUUAUCCUGAGAUGCGCAAAGACUUCAUGCAACACAGUCAGGAAGGCGUUCCGGUCUGCAAGCACUGCAAGUGGGCCUUCACAAGCUGGCCAUCCUUUUGUUUGCACUUUGAGCACAACCGAUGCCCCAUCUAUCAUCACCACAGCCCUGCCCAGGACCAGAUUAAUGCUUGCCACGCACUGCCACUCGUGCCGAGGGCUUUUCAUCAGGCAGUUUUCCACGAAACCUGGCAGUCCUUGGCUGCAAAAGUCCGCCAGUCCGAUCUGAACAAUUGUCUGCUAUGCGGUCAGUGGCUAGCACAUCGAGGGUAUCUCUCACGUCACAUCAAGGCACAACAUGCGGAGGUGUAUCAUCUGCACACAACAGUGCUCCAGUGGCUCAGAGACCGCACAACAGCCGUGCAAAGCCCCUGCCAGUUCUGUGGAGACGACUACAAGGCCAGGCACUGCAGUCGGCUUUUCAGCAUGGCAGCCGAGGGAUCCGAGGGACCCCUAGCGGAGCUUCGGAUGGGCGCCAAGCAGGUGGCGGAGCAGGAGUUAAUGUCAGCGGAGGCACAGGCUCAGCUCCUCUCAGCAAUGAUGAAUCGGGAGCCCCAGACGACCCGCUCUCCGGAACCCUCCCGCGGUUCCACGAGGACCAGCACACCCGCUCCUCUGGAGUCUCAGACACACGAGACGCGGGAGAACGCGGCUCGCCCAGAGGCAAUGGAUCUCAGCAACAAGGAUGCCAAACGGCAAUCGGAGACCACAGCCGAGCAGCUGGAGACCGGCCGGGGCAAGGGACGGGACAAGUGGGCUCGCAACAACCGGGCCUCUGGAGGUGGCUGGGACCGCGACCACCAACCAGAUCAGAUCUCGAUCAACCGGGCCCAGGAGAACUUCGUGAUGUUUGCUCAGACCCAGGGCAUGCUGUCCUCCGUCCCGGAGCUCUACAAAGCUACGCAGGCAUGGAAGCUGGCCAAGCAGGAACAUCCGGAGACGCUCACGCUGCCCCUCCGGGCCUGGCUCCUCAAGCAUUGGGUGGACCUCAUGCUGCAACGCAUGGAGGCUGUGAUGCAGAGCGAGACCUCCCUCCAGCAGGCGAAGGACAUGCUUAUCCUGGACGAGUCCUGCAACGUCCCCUACCUGGAGUGGAACGCCAAGGAACGGAAGCUGCAGAUCAAGCAGGACCGGGACCCAAUGACCUUGACACAGGUCCUGGAUCUCUUGAAGCAGAUGCAGGUUCUGGUGCUGCAACCUCUGGCAGUGCUCCGCUUCCACACGACUCGGGAGCUGGUACAAAACAUGCAGUCGGAUGUCGUGCCACUGAUGUUGCAGAUCGGCAACAGAACUGCGGAGUGCCACCAGCUCUGGAAUGCCUUCUACCGCCUCAGCCACAGCGGGGCGUGUCGAGUGGUUGCUACCUCCCUCCGCGGGGACCGCAUGGGCCGAUCUGCUCUGGCUGUCGCCAUUCAGAAGCUUGCCGACGAAAUUAAUGCCUCAGCGUUGGCCCUUUGCUGGAUUCUCGACAUAGGUCUGCCGGGCGACGUUGAGCCCCUGCUGCCUGCCAUGAUGCGCCUGAUGCGCUGGCUCUGUGCACAGGUUCGCCCAGUUAAUUUGUGGAACCACAUAGAAUGGCGCACCAUGCAUAACAAUUGGUCCCGCCCUACUAGGCAGCAUGAUAUAGUCGAGUACCUAGCUUACUUGCGACCCCAUGUGCACCCCACCAUCCGUUACGGUUGUUGGGAAGCCCGCCAGCUUAAUGAUAAUGCAGCCCCUGAGUACCUUGAUGAAGGCCACACCUGGCCACUUUAUCUUCCGGCCUCUUUGGUGGAGCAAGCUGCUCGGCAUUCGGAGCCACUCACGCUGCAACAUCUCAUUCAGCAGUGGACGGAGUCUCAGGCUGGACUCCAUGGGCUGACGUCUGAGCCCCCAGUGGUGCUGAUUCAGAUCAAUCGAUUUCACACGGCCCCUAGUCGCCGGUAUAAGGUAGCCCUAAGAGUGAAUCCUGAGCCCUACAUAAUGCUCCCACAGUUUGUGCACCCUCUGAAUCAUGCUGGUUCCCUGGAGCUGCAGUACUUGAGGUACUGUCGGGCGGUUGUUUUCGUCCAUGAGGGUCCACUGCCUACCGAAGGGCAUUAUCGGGCGAUCCUACAUGAUACGCGUCUAGGAGACUUUAUCACUGAUGACAACCGUGCAGCAUGUCGGAUAAACCUGUCCGAAUCCGAGCACAAUCAAUCCAACUGCUAUGCCUUUCUAUAUGUGCGAUGCCCGGAGAUGCUCUAA